GGAAUGGGAAUGUCUAGAGUCUGCUUCGAAGGCCUUGUACUUUGAUGUGAUGUUGGAGAAUUACAGCAAUCUAGUUUUUGUUGAUAUCCAGGUCUUUUGACUUCUUGAAGAUGAAUAUUUCUAUUUUCCUGCAAAGACAAAAACAGAAUCCUGCCCUGACCCUUAUUUGGGUCUAUUGGCAUUCAGGGAUAUUGCUGUGGACUUCUCCCAGGAGGAAUGGGAAUGUCUGGAAUCCUCUUGGAGGGACCUGUGUAUUGAUGUAAUGUUGGAGAACUACAGGAAUCUAGCUUUGUAGAGUAAUAUCAUAUAUGGGAGAAAUAUAUGAACAUCUUGAAUCAAGGGUCAAAGCUCAUUAUCUGCCAUUCUGUGAAUAUUCAAGAGAAGUCUCAUAAAUUUAAUGAGAUUGGCAAAAUGGCCCACAAAUUCUCCCCAAGUACACCUUACAACACAAGUGAUCUUACAAAGAAUUGCAACAAGUAUGGAUGUGGUAACCACAGGGAUGCCUCUACUAAAUCAACAAACCCAAAGAAUACUAAAAGUGGGAACACUGGAGAAGAAUGUUGCAAGUAUAGAGACUGUGGAAAACAGUUAAAUUUGUGUUCUAUCACUAGUGAAAGACUUCAUACUGAAAAGGAACUACACAAAACUAUGGACUGUGAUAAAUCAUCUGACUCUAAACACACACUCAUGCUGGAAGAAAACUCUAGUGUAGAGAAACUACACCAAUGCAGGAAAUGUGGCAAAUGCUUCAGGUCAUACUGGACUUUCAGCAAACAUCGUAGAUCUCAUUCUGGAAAGAAAUUCUACAAAUGUAACAAAUGUGGAAAGUGGUUUUACUUCUUAUAUCAGGCUAAAAUCCAUUAUAAAACCCAUAGUAGAAAGGCACCUUACAAAUGUAAUGAAUGUGAAAAAUGCUUUUUCCAGAAAGACCAACUUUUGACACAUCAGAAAAUUCAUACAAUACAGAGACCUUUCAAAUGUAAUCAUUGUGAGAAAUGCUUUGUACGUGCUGAUCGUCUUAAAGUACAUCAGAGAAUUCAUUCGGGAGAGAAACCUUUCAAAUGCACUGAUUGUGAGAAAUCCUAUGCGUAUGCCUCAGAUCUCAGAAUACAUCAGAGAAUUCAUAAAGGAGAAAAACCGUUCAAAUGUAGUGAUUGUGAGAAAUGCUUUACACAUGCCUCUUGCCUUAGAGUACAUCAGAGAAUUCAUACAGGGGAGAAACCUUACAAAUGUAGUGAAUGUGAGAAAUCCUUCAGACAGUUUUCAAAUCUUAUACAGCAUCAGAUCCUUCAUACAGGAGAGAAACCUUACAAAUGUAGUGACUGUGAGAAAUCUUUUGCAUAUAUGUCAAGUCUUACAUAUCAUCAGAGAAGUCAUACAGGGGAGAAACCUUACAAAUGUAGUGAAUGUGAGAAAUCAUUUUCACGUGCCUUCAUUCUUAGAAAACAUCAGAGAAUUCAUACAGAAAAUUGACCUUUCCAAUGUAGUGAUUGUGAGAAAUCCUUUAAAUAGGAUUACAAUCUUAGAAAACAUCAGAUCACUCAUACAGGAGUGAAACCUUACAAAUGUAGUGAAUGUGAGAAAUCCUAUACACAAGGAUCAAGUCGUAGACAACAUGAGUUGUAGAUAACAUACAGGAGGGAAAACUAUGGGUGUAAUGAAGGUAUCAAAGUCUCUAUCUGCCUCUCACUUCUCAGAAUACUUGAAAAACUUCAUCCUGGAGAAAGAAGCUUCAAUAGUAAAUAAUCUGGCAUAUGAUUCAUACAAAGAUCUGUAAUCAGAGGUUACUGCACUGCCAUACAAUUGGAACAUUAUGAAAAUGAGAUAUUUUAAAAGCCUUUAAGUAAUAUGCAAAUCUUACAAAGCAUGAAGUUUAUGCUGAGAAAAGUUUCUAAAAAUGUGUCAAUGUGGGGCAAUUUUCAUUAAAACAUGAUACUUUUUCAACCUCAAAUAUUGCAUAAAAAUGAAAAAUGAAGAAGGCUCGACACUGUGCUAUAUUAUAUCAAUUUUCUGGUGUCUGAAACAUUCCAUCCUUAAUAGAAGUUGAUUAACCAGGAAAUAAAGACUUCUAAUCAUUUCAGGAAGUCCAAAUAAACUGACAGAAUCCACCAUCCUAAACUCUCCUGAAGAAAUGGAGACCAGCCAUGCUGCUUAGAGAAGGCACUGAUGAACUGAGUCUCCUAGAAAAGAUGCCAUGCAACCUGUAGAUAUAUCUCCAGGUGUGCAGUGAAUUCUUGGUGUUUGGGGUUCAUAAGCCCUAUCCCACAGAGUGUUGGAUUUCACGUUGACAACUGUUUUUUUCAGUCCGAAUUGCUCCUGUAACCAACUUGUUUCCAUAUUCCUUAAGAUAACCCAAAGAGAGCCUGUUAAUUCAACAAACUUCAUCUCAGUGGUAUCCAUUCUUGGUUCUGUUUUCAACGCACAUUUUGAGUAAGUAGAUGCAUAUGUGUGCUGCUGCUUCUUAGGGAAAAUAUAUCAUAAAUCAUGAACUAACCUCAUUAAUAGUUCUUCCCAAACAUGUAUACAUCAGAAAGUUGAUAUCAGAGAUUAAGCAUUGAAAUGUUCACCAUUGUGUGAUUCAUUGUACCUUAUAAAAUCCACUCUAGAAACUUCUAGAAAUGAAUUGAUGUUGUCAAAACCUACUGAUAAAAAGUAGACUCCUGAAAGUUGAUCCUGAAAUAAACCAUUUCCACAAUCAUACAGUAAAAAUUUAUCUAUUAUCUACCUUCACCUUUAUUAUGGAAAGGAUACCUGCAAGUAGAAUAUGAGGAUUUUAAAGUUAUAACCUAUAAUCAUGACAACACACAUGUGAAUGAAAUAUCCAACUGUGGGAAGAAAAUUAGUUUAUCAGUGCUCAUCUCAGAAAACCAUAAAUCAAUUUAAAGAACAAAGUAAUCACAGAAAACUCACAUAGAAAUAUGAAGACAAACAGAUUUACACAUUAGACAACUAAGAAUCAAAUGCAAUGUAUUAAACUCUGAUACAUUUCAGUGAGAAAUUCUUCUUUGGAGUAACUGUGAAAUGUUUUUUGGAAAUAUGUUUGUAUUACCAGUAUUGGAUUUGUUGAUUUGUCAACACAGUUGCAUAGUUAACCUACAACAGAAACUCCUUUGACAUUUUUGAGUUUUUAUUUCCUUGAAUGUAGCUAUUAAUUUUCAAGUUUUUUUUUUUCCAAUUUGUAAAUUCUCCCUUGCAGUUUCAUUUGUGGCCUUUACUGUAGAAUUUGCAUUUUUUUUUAGUUUAAAUUUUUCUUAUUUCAAAAAUUUAUUAGUUGAAAUAUAAUUACAUCAUAUCUCCCCUCACCUUCUUCCUCACAGCACCUCUCAGAUAAGAUCACUUAAGCCCAUUUCAUGUCCCUUCUACAUUCAAGUUUAUAGCAUUUUUUCCUGUCAUUAUUUUUAUGUGAGUCUGAUUUUGUCAUUUGUGUAUAUAUGAUAUCAAAAACACUAUUCUGUUCUAUUGGAAAACCGUGAUGGGGGCUCAUCUCUGUGAAAUGUUGGCAGCAUAUGAGAGGAACAGCAAGCAACCUUGGAACUCAGACCACAAAUUUGCAGCUAGGAAAAUGAUGCCAAGUGAGCUUAAAGAAUCAGAGCCCUGAGGAUUAUAUGUCCUCUAAACCUCAUGCUGUUACAGAGCAUGGUUCUGCUUAUUGCCCUCAUUCUCACAAUGUCCCUCAUCAUCUCUGAAGUUUAUGAAAAUUUUAAGGAGGCCUCUCACCUUUCAUUGGGCAGUGUUACUAGUAUUUAAAGUAAUAGUGAAUGACUCAACCAACACUCUUAGAAAGAACUUAGACAUGUAGAUUGUUAGUAAUGAUAGGUUAAGUUGUUUUUGUUAAUGGCUUUAAUAUGGAAAUCUUGGGGAGCAAUUAAGGGUUAGAAAGACAUACUUUUAAUGGCUUGGUGAAAGAGCUGAUUAAUUACUUGUACAUAUUUUUGCCGUCUAGUUCCUGAUAUGAUUUAACAAAAAAUUUAUUGAUGAGUGUGUAUGUACUCAGAGGAUUUAAACUAGAGAUAAGUGGUUGUUUUAAAUAUAUAUAAAGGAUAAGGUUUCUGAUUCAGAUUUUUUUAUAAAAUUACCUUUUGCAUUAAUAAUAAAGUGAUUGAUCCUUUCUUUGUAACCAUGAAUUGAAGCCUGUCAGUAAAAAGAAAAGUGGUUAAGAAAGAUGUCUUGCUUAUACUUUGUUAAUCUAUAAUAAGUUGCUUAGACAUGAAUGUAUGUAGGUCUUUGAGAAUAAAUUGGUUUUUCACCUGUA